CUGCAGUUUGCACCCUUUAGCAGCGCUUUGGAGGCAGGCUUCUGGCACCAGCUCACUCAGAGGAAGCUAAACGACUACAGAUUGGAUGAGAGCCCCAAAUCUAUUAAAGGAUAUUACUACAACGGUGACCCAGUUGGUUUGCCCACUCGCCUUACUCUGGAGUUCAGUGCAUUCGAUGUAGAUGGCACCACCCCAACUCGUUGCUGUCCAGCUGUAGGAGUGCUGUACAACACCAACACCCUGGAAGCCUUCAAAACCACUGAUAAGAAAGCUCUACUGGAGAGAGAGGCGAAAGAGAUAUGGGAUGCUAUACAGUCUGGAGCCGCACUAAAGGACCCAUCUAUCCUCUGCAGAUUCAUUCUGCUGACCUUUGCAGAUCUGAAGAAAUAUCAUUUCUACUACUGGUUCUGCUUCCCUGCACUGUGUUUCCCUGAAGGCAUAAAGGUUGUCCAGCAGCCCUCUGUUUUGGAGAAGGUUUUCUCAGCAAGACAGAUUGCUGCCCUGCAGGAGGCCUACGAUGCCCUGUGUGUCCAAAGAGAGAACACUGCAGUUGCUUAUUUCCUCAUUAAGUACACAGAUGACACAGUUCAGAUGGCUCCACUCGAGGAAUGGGAGACAUUUUUCACCCAUACAAAGAAGGUUACUCUGGCUGUCUAUGAUCCGUGUACACUGUCCCAACAUCCGGGAUGGCCGCUAAGAAAUCUGUUGGCCCUCCUGGCUAACCGUUGGGGCUCUAAGCUGGACACAGUGGAGGUGCUGUGUUUCAGGGAUAGAACUCUGCAGGGAAACCGCUCCAUUCAGCACAGCAUCAUCUUCCAGGUCAAACUACCCGAACUUCCCAACAACUCUGUGUGUCCCAAAAGUGUGGGGUGGGAGAAGAACCCAAAGGGGGCCAUGGGGCCCAGGAUGGUCAACCUGAGUGAAUGCAUGGAUCCUAAAAGGCUUGCAGAAUCCUCAGUGGACCUGAACUUAAAGCUCAUGCGAUGGAGGCUGGUUCCUUCAUUGGACCUGGACAAAGUAGUCAACACUAGGUGUCUGCUUCUGGGUGCUGGAACUCUGGGCUGUAAUGUUGCCAGGACUCUCAUGGGAUGGGGAGUGAGACACAUCACAUUUGUCGACAAUGCAAAGAUCUCAUACUCCAAUCCAGUUCGCCAGCCACUCUAUGAGUUUGAGGACUGCCUCAAUGGUGGGAAAUCCAAAGCUAUGGCAGCUGUUGACCGUCUAAACAAAAUUUUUCCUGGUGUGAAUGCAGAAGGUUACAAUAUGAGCAUCCCAAUGCCUGGCCACCCAGUCAGUUUCUCUCAGGCUACCAUUUCUCAGGCCCAGAGGGAUGUGGAGCAGCUAGAGAAACUCAUUUCAGAGAAUGAUGUGGUGUUUUUACUGAUGGAUACAAGGGAGAGCCGCUGGCUGCCAACAGUGAUAGCUGCCAGCAAGAGAAAGCUGGUGGUGAAUGCUGCUCUUGGCUUCGACACAUUUGUUGUGAUGCGCCAUGGCCUUAAGAAGCCCCCUAUCAGUCAGAGUGUUUGCACGGGGACAGACUCCUCUCCUUCCGGCUCUUCCACUUCCUCUUCACCGUCCACACCGGCUGGAUCUGCGCCCACUGUCCCCGGCUCUUCUCUGUUUUCCAACAUCCCUGGACACAAGCUGGGCUGCUACUUCUGCAAUGAUGUUGUGGCUCCAGGAGACUCUACCAGGGAUCGGACUCUGGAUCAGCAGUGCACAGUCAGUCGACCGGGCCUGGCCAUGAUUGCUGGAGCGCUCGCUGUUGAGAUGAUGGUGUCCAUCCUGCAGCAUAGUGAGGGAGGGUAUGCAGUUGCCAGCAGCAGUGACGACAGAAUGAAUGAACCUCCCACAUCUCUGGGACUCGUGCCACAUCAGAUCCGAGGCUUUCUUUCCCGGUUCGACAACGUCCUGCCUGCCAGCCUGGCCUUUGACAAGUGUACCGCCUGCUCACCCAUCGUUUUGGAGCACUAUGAGAGAGAGGGGUUCAGCUUUCUGUCCAAAGUUUUUAAUUCUUCCCACUCUUUUCUGGAGGACCUAACGGGGCUGACUCUGCUUCACCAGGAGACGCAGGCCGCAGAGAUUUGGGAUAUGAGCGAUGACGAGAGCAUAUGA